AUGGCCGACACACAUACCGCUUCUGUGCAAGAGGCUAAUGCCGCGCGAUUGCCUCUGGGCUACCGCGACCAGUGCUCUGCGCUCUUGAUUCCGCUGAACAAGUGCAGGAAACAGACUCUGUACGCUCCCUGGAAGUGCGAGGACGAACGCCACACGUACGAGAAAUGUCAAUACGACGACUUUAUUCGAAGACAACGCGAGCUCUCACAACUGAAAAAGGCCAAACUCGAAGCCGCUGAAGAGUAA